CUCAUUUGUCAACAAAAAAAACCAAAAAUAAAAUUUGCAUAAAAAUUUUAUUCGUAAACCUUUUGAACCUUAAUUUGCUGCAAAAAAUUGGACAUGAAAUACUAAAGCAAAUUAAAAGAGUUCAAAAGUGAAGGUAUUUCAGCUUUAAAAAGUGAUAAGAUUGUUUGAUACGAAGGCUUAAGAAAAAAAAAUUAAAGUCAAAGUCCGAAAGAUUACAAACUAGAAUUUUAACAACGUAAUCAUGACUGUAAUUAGUAAAUUUCAAUCUGUUCCAACGACCUGCAUUGAAUAUGUUCAUCCGUGGACGGAUAGCUGCUGGAAUGGAUCAGCUGGACUGCUUAUCGUCUCGUCUUUGGAUAGUUUUAGGAUAUAUACACUUGUUUAUGUUCUUUCACUUUUGAUGCGAGGUCGGAUUCCAAAAUCAAAAGAUAUUGCAAGAACCGUUCUUGGGAUUCUUCAAUCAACAGCAUUUUUAACCACAUCAGCAGUUGCUUAUUCCUCAUAUUUAUGUAUGCUUCGUCGUGUCUUUGGUGGUUUCACAAUGUUAACAGGAAGUUAUGUUCCUGCUUUUUUAUCAAGCGUUACAGCUAUUCUUAUAGAACGACCAUCUAGGCGCGUUCUCUUGUGCCUUUAUGUUGCUAAUGUAGCUUCUGAAUCGCUAUGGAAGAUGGCAGAGUCACGAGGAAUGGUUCGAAGUAUAUGGCGAGGACAAACAAUCAUUUUUGGAGUGUCAACAGCAACUUUACUUUACUAUUUCCGUCGUGGAUGGCAUUUGAAUAAAAAAGAUUCUGUUUAUGACGUUCUUCGAUUUAUUGUCGGUAAGGAUGAGGAAGGCGGCAAUCGUGUCGAAAAAGUUGAAGACAAAAAGAGAAGUAAAAGACUUUUGCAGAGAUAUAUGAUUACCUCUUGGAUAUUAAAAGUCUAUAAUCAAUUAGUCAUUUUUCUUAAAUCAUUUUCAAAACACGAUAAAUGUAAACAUAGUGAUAGUUGUGCAUAUUAUGUAUUUAAUGGUGGAGCAAAGCUUUUUGGAAUUGGAUUAGGAAUACAAGGAAUUCUGAAAUUGGUGCUACAAAUACCAAAAAUAGUUAAAACUCCCAAAAAAGUAUUGUCAUCAAUAUUUUCAAAAGAUACAAUGAGAAUUGGCGCUUUUCUUGGUGGAUUUUCAUUUGUUUAUCGGCUCACCGCAUGCUUCCUUCGAAGAACAUUCAACGACGAUAAACCCGAAUAUGCGAUUCCUUCAACACUUCUUGCCAGCAUUGCGUUCCUUAGUUAUCCAGAUAAGACAGCAGCUCUGUACAUAAUGUGGAAAUCACUCCAACUGACAACAGAAAUGUUAACUGACAAAGGUUACUUACCCAGAGUUCCAUAUGCAACAGUUUUUGUCUAUAGUAUCUUUACGGCUGUUUUGUUCCAUGCUGCAACUUUUGAACCACAAAAUUUGCGUACUAGUUAUUGGAAAUUUUUACAUGGAUUAAGUGGAGGUAGAAUUGCAGUUAUGGAUAGGCGAUCAUUUGAUGUUUGGGGUUUGAACACUCAAGCACAAAUAAUGAAAACAAUUGAAAUCACAAAAACACCUGUUGAUAUAAAAUACAGUUUUGGACGAUGGUGACAUUGGAAACAUUUAAUUGGUAAUGACAAAGAGUGAGGUAAUUCCAUUAGAAUAAGGUGAAUACUUAGGAAAUAAUUUUAAAAUCGGGAUCAUUAAUUUGGAAAAUUUUGAAUGUAAAUUUUAAUACAAAUCCAUUGCCUUGUGCUACAUGAUUCUACUUUUUUGUAGAAAUUAUGGUAAUUUUUCACGAGCAAAAUGCAAAAGAAAUAUUCCAAUGAGACAAGUUUUAACAAAAAACAUUGAAACAUUUGAAUUAUAU